AGAAAGAGUUGGUUGGGGUUUAGAAGGGUAGGGGAUGAAAAGGUGGGAGAGAAGCGGAGAGAGCUCGAGAGGGAGAAGAGACUGGUGGAAGGAAGAAGGAUGGAGGAUGUCUGUCGUGGCAGAGUAGCGGCGGUAGUAGCAUAUACGGCGGUUUAACUCGCGGGGAAAACUCUGAGAGCACGAGCUCGCGAUCCUCAGUCGCGUGUGACACGCGGCCUAGUACGCGCUCGGAUCGCCAUCCGGAUCGUCUCAUUUGCGUGGCCGCGUCGUGCUCGAUCGACCUCGAGGGUCGUUGAUCGUGGGAACUGACGGGAACAGUGCAUCUUGAGAGUACACAGACUUUGUAGAGUCGAAAUUGCCAUUUCUAUAUUUAUGAGAAAUUGCUUAAAAUUGAAUUCCUUUUACCGAUAUGAUAUUAACGGAGGCUGUGGGUAUUUUUGUGUUUGAUAGUUUUAUCGACAGAGAUCGAUAGAGAUCGUGGAUCGUAUUCUUGAAUUCAAGUUUGAAAGAUCUAUGGGAUGCCGCAACUGACGAAGAUCGUGGGCAGUGGAUAUUUUUGGAUGUUGCGGGCUCGAGCUUGGAAUUUUUAUCGACGAUAUUGACAAAGAUCGUGCGGAUCGUGGAUCCUGGAAAUUUAUGAAUUCAGAUUAGAUGAAUCGAUGGAUCGUAAAUAUCCUUGGAUCUCGUAAAUUCGUGUCAUUAUUAUUAAAACUGACGAAGAUAGUUGGAAUCCUGAAUAUUCGUGAAUUUUAUAGACUCGUCUUUCGAAUACUUCUCAACGCAAAUUGAGCGCAAUCGUGGACAUUCUUGGAUUACUUAUUUAUAUUUUUAUCGACGUUAUUGGCAGACAUCGAAGAUCGUAGUUUUGAUGGAACCAAUGACAUCAACGAAGCUCGUAGAUCGUCGAUAUUCUGGACUUUGGUUGUCCGAGUUUGACAUUUUUAUCGAUAGAACUGAUAGAGAUCACAGAUCGUGAACGUCCUGAGAUUUUAUGAAUUGAAGUUUGUAUUUGGAGAGUUUGAACGUUGAGCAACGCUUUCGCAUUUGGAAAAUUUAAGUCUAAAAUACUUUUGUAAUUUCUGACUGAUACUCACUCUUGUGGAUCUCGAAGACAUUUAAAUAUCGAGACUUCGAGUCGGAAAAUUUUAUUACUGAGAUCGAUUAGUAGUCAGAAGACACGGUACAAAAUAAAAUAGCGAUUUUGUGAGAUUCCACGAAUAUAAAGCUUCUUUCGAACUGAAAUGUUUAAUAUCUCCGAAUCUAAGGAACAUACCGCAACGUAUCUUUAUAAAAAUCCUAUAAAUUUUGAAUAACUCUGCAUACUUUAAAAUCACGAUUUACCGCGACCAGUGUUUUAAACUUCGUCCUGUAAAUCCAAGAAACUUUUACGUCUCAACAAUUCGCAACUAACACCCUACAUAAACAAAAACCACCAUUUAUUUCAUUUUUCACUCAACGAACUCGUACUUUCCCGUACGUAAGAGUAAAAAAGAAAGUAACAACGACAAAGUCCUAGUGUCCAAGAGAAAGCUUCGCGAAACCCCACGUAGCUUCCGGAAAGGACAACUUCGAUCAUAAAACGCAACGCGCGUAAUUACGCUAUCAAGUAUAAUACUGUAGGGAUCAACGUAAUAAACUAGGAAUUAAAUAGAAUAUCGUAAGAAUCGACAAACCACAGACUGAAAAUCGAAUUAUCGUCGAUGAUCAUCAAAAAGGGACGCUGUUGUUCCAUCAGAUGCAAACAUCAAACAGAAUACGAUAGAUUAAAUAGCAGACAUCUAUAGAGAUCGAUAAGAUAAAUCGAGGAUUAAAUACAAUACCAUAAGGGCAAAUAAAAUAGAUCAAGAGUCAGUCAAACACGAUACAACACAAGGAUCGGUAAGACAUUAUCGGUACGAUCAAUCAGAGAUUAAAUAGAAUACUGGAGGGAUCGAUAAAAUACCAUCAAUACGAUCAAAGUUCCAACGAUCGCGAGUGAUCUACGAGAGAAGCCGCUCGUAGGAUCGAACGAAAGGAGAAUUAUAAAUUCCCCGUCGAAAUUAUAAAUCCCGCGUAGACGAUGAAUAUUUCAUCGAGGACGAGGUGAAACACAGCGGACCAUUCGUUCGAAAAACGAUAUCCCGAUCCUCUCGAAGGAUUUAUAACGAUGCGCGUGAACGGGCCGGAUAGAAUCUCUCGCGACGUCGCGCGUUUGACGAUCGUUGCAGGUGAAACGAGAAACGCCGGAACCGGAGGACGCGUAUAAGAGGGACGUAGGUAUAUACGAACCGGAUGGAAACUGCAAUCCGGACGUUUGACAAACGAUAGUGCCGGUAACGUGCUAUAGGAACGAUCCUUCGCAGCUCGAUUAAAAGAAAACACAUUGAAACGGUGUGUCAAAACUUGUAUUACUCUCUAGAUGCUUCAUAGCAAAUUUCUCUUGUCGAGACUUUUAAAUGAAUACGUUUAAACAGUUCAAGAAGAAGGAAACAGAUUGAUAUACAUAUUUACGUAUCUAGAUAGGUUUCUAUCGUUCUCAAAAUUUUCCGGAAAAUUAUAAAGUAAUUCAUAAGAUUAGUAAAUUAAUCGAAUAAAAUAAAACAGUGUUUUCGCCCAUCGUUCGAGAAGAAGCGAGCAUAUCAAAACAGUGUACGUACGUAAACCUUCGUCGCACUUGAAAUCUUCGAAUAAAAAAUUCCAAACGAAGACGAGCAAAUCGAGUCAGUAAUCAACUGACUGAACUUAAAACGCGUUACUAAAUCGCUGCAAGAUCUGCGCGAAUCGCAGCUGUUUCUCGAAGCGGAACGUCAGUCGAAGAGCGGACUAACGAAGUGAAGAAGCGAAACGAAAAACAAAAAGAAGAUAUAAGAAAGAAGAAGAAGGGAAGCAGCUCAAGAUUGAACAUCUUUUAGAUAUUCCUGGGUCAACGACCUCGACGAAGUGAAUGUUUAAUCGACGAAGGAACAAAAUUACGAAUCGAUCCAAGAUCACCGCAUAUCUAAGCGUAUUGUACAAGAAGAUCGCGAUCAAGCUGACAGAAUUUUUCACUUCAUUCCUGCGCUCUAUCGUUCGAUACUAUCGAGCUUCUCUUCCUCGACAAUAAUAUUCGUUAUCCUACCAAGAUUGAGAAAGUCAGCGAGCUUCUGUCGAAAUUGGAUUGAGAAACGACACGAGGCAAGAAGUGGAGGAGCUGGUGGCGAACGACGAAGCGUGACUGGGUGCCGGAAGUUCCGUUCUCGACGCCACUUUUGCCCGCGAUGAGAAACGGUUUCGCGGAACGUGACACGCUCGACGAAUCCGCAAUCACGAUGGAAAUAUCAUAUAGCGGAAUUUCGAAGCGAUCGACGUCGUUUCUUUGAGAAAAUACAGCGCAGAACGCGAAGAACCGAUAGUUAGAGGGAGAAACCGGAAACGGAGGAUGCUAGGAUCGAUCAGUGCCGCGUAAACGAAAUUCGACAAGUGUAUAAGACACAGUGUGUUUCCGUUUCAACGUUUUUGGUGUGAAACGUGAAAGAAGAGGCAAGAAUCAUGAGGGAUAAAUUUGCAUUCAGCUCUGGGGUGCCGGACAUGCACGAGACCCUGUCCAGUUUUUCGGAACAGUUCAGGGACGGACCGCCGAAACCGGAAAUAAAGCCGGAAACAGCCAAGGAGUCGGAGAGGACGGAUGAACCGAAGUGUGGUUGGUUCUGGUUCAGGCCCAUGUAUCUGCAGCAAUUUCGAACCGCGAAAUGGGCGCUUUUCUGGUUAUGUUGGACAGGUGCAAUGCAAGGUAUGGUGGUCAAUGGUUUUGUGAACGUGGUCAUAACCACGAUAGAAAGGAGAUUUGGUCUGAGGUCAUCGCAGACGGGCUUGAUAGCAGGUGGAUACGACAUAGCUAGUUUCCUUACACUCGUUCCAGUGAGCUAUCUAGGCGGCCGUUCAAAAGCAUCGAAACCGAGGUACAUAGGCAUAGGUGUCGUAGUCUUAGGCUUAGGAAGUCUACUUUUCGCGUCCCCUCACUAUAUUGCUGGACCAUACAGAGGCGGCCAGCAAUCGGAAAAUAUAUGCCAGAGGGUGACGAACACAUCGUCCCGUUCGCUAUCCUGUAAUGGAUCCGUGGGCCAAAUAGACCAGGAACCAUACAGCGGAUUGUACUUAACUAUCUUUCUGAUGGCCCAACUUCUACACGGGGCGGGUUCCGCUCCUUUCUAUACGCUCGGCGUUACGUACCUAGAUGAGAACGUGUCGAAAAAGAUGUCCUCUGUGUACGUAGGAAUUUUCUACACAAUGGCCAUAAUAGGGCCUGCAUUAGGGUAUGUUGUCGGAGGCGAGUUGUUGAAGCUGUAUACAGAUUUUAUCACCGUGGAUCCGUCAGAGAUUGGCUUAACACCAAACAGCAACGUAUGGGUGGGAGCAUGGUGGAUAGGUUUCCUAGCAGCUGCGGUUAUAUGUUUCGUAAUUGCUAUACCGAUCUUGGCGUUUCCGGCAGCUUUACCUGGUUCGGAGAAAUUGGCCAAAGAGCGAGUGUCAGAGGCGCAUCAGAAGCCCGAGCAGCCGUCCUCGAGCGAUCGAGGGGAGGCGUUCUCGAAAAUACGAGAACUACCUCGUGCUCUGACCGAUCUGCUCGGUAAUCCAGGAUUUUUCAUGUUGAAUCUGGCAGGUGCCAGUGAAGGAUUGCUUAUCGCUGGUUUCGCCGCAUUCCUGCCGAAGCUGAUCGAAAAUCAAUUCAACGUCAGCCCUAGCUCCGCUGCGUUACUAAUGGGUCUAGUGACUGUACCCGCUGGCGGUGGCGGUACCUUCCUCGGUGGUUAUCUCAUAAAGCGUUUUAAUUUGCCGUGCUCGGGCAUUUUAAAGUUCUGUCUGCUGGCCACCGCGUCCUGUAUCGCCUUCACUUUGUGCUUCGUUCUCAACUGCCCGAAUUUAAACUUCGCCGGAGUCACCGUACCCUACUCCGACCAAACCAAAAAAUCCUUUUCACUGGACAGCACGUGCAAUAACGGUUGCGGCUGCUCGAGGUCAGAGUUCAGUCCAAUAUGCGGAGUUGAUGGGAUCACGUACUAUUCCCCUUGUCAUGCAGGAUGUUAUCAAGGAACGAGGAUAAAUAACGUCGAAGUAUAUUCAGACUGCACCUGCAUACGCGAGCCACCAAUAAAUCUGACCACCGGUGGCAAUGUGAUCAGUUACGAGGCAAUAAAUACGACUUGUAACACAUCGUGCUCCUACCUAUGGCCCUUCAUUACUCUAGCGUUUUGCAACAUGUUCAUAACUUUUCUUUGCACGAUGCCCGCGCUUUCAGCGACGCUUCGCGUCGUUCGAGAUGAUCAGAGAUCGUUUGCCUUGGGUAUUCAGUGGAUUAAAGUUAGAAUUCUGGGCACGAUACCUGCACCUAUGGUGUUCGGCGCACUUAUAGACGACACUUGCAUUUUAUGGAAUGGAACCUGCGACGGUGGAGGAUCCUGCCUCGUUUAUGAUAAUUUGUACAUGAGCAGGUAUAUGCUAGCUUUAGCCUUUAUCGGCAAAGCAGCGUCCCUCCUUUUCUUCUUCCUGGCUUGGUGGACGUACAUUCCUCCAAACAGAAGAGUUACACAAAAUUCGCGGGAAGAACCAACAACGACGUUAAUGUUAAACGAUACUCAGCUCGAAGGCCCAACCACACCGGCAACGAUAAACCCUAUAAUCGAUCCAUAAACGAUAAUCUGACAUUUCGGUAAAGUCGCCGUAGAAAUACCGCGAAUAAUCUACGUUUAAUAAGAAUUGUCAAUGUCUGUCAAACUUAUCGAAGGAAACAAUCGAUUGAAUGAGUUUUCAAAGCGAUUUGGACUUGUUGCUGCUCCAUUACAAGUAGAUGACGCUAUUUGCUGGUCUGUUAAAGCCAGUAUCGGUAAUGCAGAACUUAGUUUGUUCGAUUUGGUAGGUACACUUUUUAAUGGGAGAUGUCUCAAAAGAAUGUGUUAGCAUAUAGCUUUAAUAUACGUGUUUAAUAAUUCUGUUUAUAGUUUGUUGUAGAAUAACCGAGGGAAAAUGUAAAUGGAUAAAUAGAUUAUUUAAUACUUCUACUUUAUAAUAUAAGUCGUGUUUAUAAUUAAAGAUCACAGGAGAAGAAUAUAACAAAUAACAAUUUUCAUAUUUUACAGAGGAAUAAUUUAAAAAUUCAAUACGUUGUCAAUUUCUCCAUUUUUAUAUAAUUUUAGUAUUAAGUAUGUGUAUAUGUUUGUCGUUCCCUCGAACAUUCCGAAAAUAUUGAUUGUCACGGAGCUUCGUGGAUUUAUCAGCUAUUUCGAAAAGGUUGUAUCUUUGGAUUUAACAAAUCCUUUUCAGAACUAUGUGAAUGUAUUAAGAUAUCCCCUUCUAGCCGUAAAGUAGCAUCAAAAUUUGAAAAUCGACACGAAUAGACUUAUCACGUUUUUUCCUGUGAUCUUCCACCAUGAGAGGAAACGAUCUCAUCUAUAGGCUAACUUUUAAGGGACUUAUAAAAAGCGCGUUUAUUUAUUAUUAUUGUACAUGUAGUAAGCGUAAAACAGAUAUGGCACAUUCGUGAGGAAAAAUCGAUGUACGUGAAUGUGACUCUGUAGCGAAUAGAACUGUGAAAUCAGUGAAACUCGGAUAUAAGACUAUUUAUUUCGAGAAUUGUUUAAAAUUGUACAGAUACAUUUAUACGACUUGUAAUAAGUAGAAUACUUCUUGUAAGAGCUGUUCACUGCCAGAAUUAUUGUAAAGAACGUUGUUUUUUAAUAUUUGAAUUAUCAGUAUCAAUUAUCAGUAAGAUAUGAUAUGGGCAAGUGCACUUGUAGUCCUUUUCGAUGUUUAUUAUGUAUGUACUUUCUAACAUGAAAUACUUCAUUCGUAAGGUUCUAAUUUCAAUACAUAACACUAAGGAUAGAAAUAAUGCUGGGUCUACGCGAGCUACUUGCGAACAGCAGUGUGGACUCGGCCUAACAGGAUGAACGUUCGCUUGAUAUAUCACUACGCUUUCUGUACUCUUCUAUAGAAAUGAAUAAUCACAGCUAGACACUGGAUCAAAGAAGACUAUCAAAGUUAUCUAGAAUCGUAUCAUUGUAUUGUCCUCUGCUAUCUGAUCUAAAUGUGAUUACAACUCGUGUAACAACCUAUGAUUAUAACCCUAGUAUUUACCGACCGUCAAUUAAACCCGAAGAAUGUAUUUAUCGCAGAUGAUAAUAAUCGAUGUCUGAGGUAAAAGAAAUUAUACAUCUUCGUCUUAUUUAUGCGAUAUACAUAUAAUUGUUACUACGACCAGCUGAACUAUUGUAUCACAAAAAUGCCUCUGGAAGACAUUGUUUUUCAUAGAAUUGAUAUACCAUAUUUGUAUGAUGUUAUUGCUUGUAUAAAAGACAUAGUGUCUAAAGGAAAUGGAACAACCUCUAUUGUGGAUUGAUAUUUGUAAUAGUAUAUACAAUUAUGGAUAUAGUUGCAAAGUUCUGGUAUCGAUUUUAGCAUAUCCCUUUCACAUGUUGGAUAACCUCGAUAUAUCAAUUUGGAAUUUUGUAUAUUAAGAUUUUAUAUGUCGCCUUUUACGGAACGUUUUAUUCAGAAAAUCGUCGAGAACAUCGGCACCAAUUAAAAAUUUCUAGAGGACGAAUCGUACAAAUUUUAUUAACCAGUUUUUAAAAAGACAUGGAAGAUUUCAAGCGCUAAAAGAUUUUUAUUGAACAUUUUCUAUGAGUACAGUUCGUCGAUGAAAAUAAAAAAUGCUUGAGAUAACCAAUCGAGUAAAUUUGAUGUACUGGAAUAUAUUAUGAAAUGUUAUUUAUAUCGGUUUGAUACGAAACAUUUUGUGCGGUUUCUAAUUGUAAUUAUCUUCGUUAUGAUAAAUAUGUUUAACACGUGUAUUGUACGCGUCGCUAAUAAAGAGCUAGUAAGAUACGUUAA